GAGAAGGGAGGGCAGAGCCAGGGCUGGGCAUAAAAGGAAGAGCAGGGCCAACUGCUGAUUACACUUGCUUCUGACACAACCGUGUUCUCUAGCAACCACAAAACCAGACACCAUGGUGGAGCUGACUGCUGAGGAGAAGGCAGCCGUCCUUGCCCUGUGGGACAAGGUGAAGGAGGAUGAAGUUGGUGGUGAAGCCCUGGGCAGGCUGCUGGUUGUCUAUCCAUGGACUCAGAGGUUCUUUGACUCCUUUGGGGAUCUGUCCACACCUGCUGCUGUUAUGGGCAACGCCAAGGUGAAGACCCAUGGCAAGAAGGUGCUGCACUCCUUUGGUGACGGUGUGCAUCAUCUUGACAACCUCAAGGGCACCUUUGCUGCCCUGAGUGAGCUGCACUGUGACAAGCUGCACGUGGAUCCUGAGAAUUUCAGGCUCCUGGGCAACGUGCUGGUUGUUGUGCUGGCUAAACACUUUGGCAAGGAAUUCACCCCAGAGUUGCAGGCUGCCUAUCAGAAGGUAGUGGCUGGAGUGGCCAAUGCCCUUGCUCACAAGUACCAUUGAGAUCUUGGCCUGUUUCCUGGAGA